AUGGCAGAGUAUACGUAUAACGCCAUUGAAGACUAUGGUCUGAUUGGCGAUAUGCACACUUGUGCUUUGGUGAGCAAAGGCGGUAGCUUGGAUUACAUGUGCUGGCCGGUUUUCGAUUCCCCUUCAGUCUUUUGUCGUCUCUUGGAUGAUAAGAAAGGAGGGUUCUGGUCUAUCGAACCUCAUGAUUCGGUGAUUGACGCCCACAGCAAGCAACGAUACCUACCGUAUUCGAAUCUAUUGGAGACCCGGUGGACCAACGAGGAUGGAGUUGUCACGAUGCUGGACUACUUCCCGGUGACACCCAAGAAGAGUGCCCAGUCAGGUCGACUUCUGUCUGGAUACUGUCCGUGCAACGAUCCUGGUGCCAACCGCUUCAAGUCAGGACUGCAGCAUUCAGGUUUAGUCAGAAAGCUAGAGUGCAGUCGAGGAUCAAUGGAGUUGCAGAUCGAGUUUUUCCCUGCUUUCAACUAUGCUCGCGACUCGCACAAUGCCCGCGCCAAACUGGAGAACGACAUGUGCAAGCAUCGACUGCAGACAAUUCAUUUUGAGAGUCUGAGUGAGAGACUGCAACUCGAGAUCUUCGCGGAUUGUCGGGAGCCAGAAAAGCUUGGAUACCCAAAGGCCAAAUUGGCAUUGGAGGAGCGACCCGGCUUGCAGGGCCGUGGCCUGGUGGCUUGGAUCCGCCUGUCUGAGGGUCAAACUUUGCACUUUGUUCUGCAUAGCCCCGAGAAGGCGGUGCCAAGUUCCGCCACGAUGGCUGCCUACCUGGGCAAGAUGGAGGAAGAAACGUCGGACUAUUGGACGGAGUGGACUCGCAAGUGCGCCUUUCGUGGCCACUACCGAGAGACAGUGGAGCGCAGCCUGCUGAUUCUCAAGCUUCUUACUUACAAGCCAACGGGUGCGAUUGUCGCUGCGCCUACUUUUUCACUCCCAGAAAAUGUGGGUGGCUCUCGUAACUGGGAUUACCGAUAUUCCUGGGUGCGAGACACGGCUUUUACCCUGUAUGUCUUUUUGAAGAUGGGAUACAGCCGCGAAGCGGAAGCCUACGUGAAUUUCAUUUUUGAACGGAUUUUCCCGCAUGCCGCUCAGGAUAUGGAACCGGGAAGCAAACGCCCUUUUCUUCCGCUCAUGUUCACUAUCCGUGGUGAGUACGACAUUCCCGAAGUGGAACUGGAACACCUGGAUGGCUACAGAGGAAGCAAACCAGUCCGUAUUGGCAACGCCGCUGUUUUCCACACUCAGCUUGAUAUCUAUGGUGAGCUUCUGGAUAGCAUCUACCUUUACAACAAGCAUGGAAACCCCAUCACCUACGACCAAUGGUCUUCUAUUCGGCGCAUGGUGAACUAUGUGGUUAGUGUACGAGAUCAGAAGGACAUGUCCAUUUGGGAAUCUCGUGGUCAGGUCCAGAAUUUCAUCUACUCGAAGGUCAUGAUGUGGGUGGCAUUGGACCGUGGCAUUCGGCUUGCAGAAAAACGAUCUAGUUUGCCAUGCCCGGAUCGAUUCAAAUGGAUUCAGGUCCGCGAUGAGCUUUAUGAUGAGGUAAUGACCAGAGGGUUUAAUACCGAGCGCCAACACUUCUGUCAAAGCUAUGAAAGCCCCGAUGUUCUUGAUGCAUCAAUUCUGAUCGCUCCCUUGGUCUUUUUUGUGGCGCCAAAUGAUCCGCGAUUCAUCAACACCCUGAAGAGGAUUUUGCAAAGCCCAGAGAAGGAGGGUCUCUCCAGUGCCAAGAUGGUGUUCCGAUAUGACCAUGAGAAGGCAAAUGAUGGUGUGGGUGGAGGUGAGGGUGCCUUCAUCAUGGUUACCUUUUGGCUUGUUGAAGCCAUGGCUCGGGCUGCCAAAUAUGAUGUUCCUAUCCCCAACAUCUGGAAGCUCGCGCUCUCCCACUUUGACAAUAUUCUGUCAUACUCAAACCACUUGGGAAUGUUCUCAGAAGAAGUGGCCAUCUCAGGCGAGCAGAUGGGCAAUACUCCCCAGGCGUUCAGUCAUUUGGCAUGUAUCAGUGCGGCUAUCAAUCUGGAGAGAUUGGGUCAGGGAGCCUUGUCAUCAGAUGAAGAAGAUUUUGUUUCUACUCAAAGCACCGCCUCGGUGGAUCCGGAAGCUAUGUUCGUAAAGCGCCACCUCUCCUCGUUUGGGAAACUCAGCAUCGCAGGGAAUGGGAUCACAUCUUCCGACCAGUACGGGACUCGAACUUCAACACCAGGUACUGCCCCAUCAGUCUACACCGGGUCAUGCUUUAAGCCAACAGCCAAAAAUCCGAUGCAGCUCCUGGAGCUCCCUCUUGAUUUGUUGAAGGAUAUCAUCAAAGAAGUCACCCAUACGAAUGACCUUACCUCCCUUGCAUUGACAUGUUCUACCCUCCAUGCCUUGACGGUCCCGCACAUGUACUCCCGAUUCGAUAUUGUCUGGCCUGAAUCCUUGAACUCAUCAAGCGAUGACUAUGCGGGGGUGGAUGCCUUGUCGUACGGGCUAUCAACCUUGGUCAUGGGAGAGGACGUUUUCCACCAUGCCCCUCUGGCAAGGCUUGAUCGAUCUUCGGAAGACUGCUCUCACUGUGGAUGUGACAACCCACAUCACCGAGGAAAUCACAUAAACGGCGGUAUUGGUAGAUCGCUGGGACGACGAGGGAACCACUAUGCACAAUUCACCCGCACUUUCUCGAUCGGGAAUGGCCCACUCAGCUGGGUCCAAGAGUAUUCGGUGAAUCGAGAGGUUGGGAAAAUGUUGGGAACACUGGUCGCCUUGGCUGUAGCGCGCAUGAUCAAUCUUGAGGCAUUCAUAUGGGACAUGCCGACCGGUGUCGUUCGUGAGAUCUGGCUUGCCCUUGCCUCCCUGGCUGACGGAUCGCAUGGUCAAUGUCGAUUGGAGCGCAUCUGGGUACGUUGGCACGAUAAUUCAGAGAAUCCUUUACGACUCUCGGCAACGUUAAGCUCCCGUGUUCCCCAGAAGUACAAGCACGUCGAACAUCCUUCGCUAUCUGUGCUACCGCCACUUAAGAGUAUAGCUGUUCUCGACAUUGAUGAGACUGCCUAUGUCGAAGAGCUCGCUGUUCUAAUCGAACGUUCCCGUCAUUGUCUGACGGAAUUACGAAUUGGCGUUGCGUUAAAGGCGCACCUGUCUGACUGGGUGAUGUGUGUCAAAGAUAACGACCCCCCAAUUGACUCUCAUCUCAAUUGGCCAAAGGUUGGGGGAAUACUCAGCAUUUUAUCCAAGCAGAACUCCGUUCCCCAGAAGGAGGACAUUAUCUCGCGCUCGGCUUGUGACUCGCUUCAGUCAGAUGAAUCCACUGAUAAUGAUACCCAGACUGGGGAUCAUGUAUCUCGGCAGGGAUCGAAUUCCACACCAUCUAUUUCCAAGUCACACAAAGAGCUUAAAAUAGUUUCAUCCAACACAAUUUCUUCAAGCCCUGCCCCGAAAGCAAGUGGCCACAUUUAUGGCGCACCCACUAGUACCAACAGCGAGAAAUUGAACCUCGAAGUACUGGAGUUGGAACGAGUUCCUCUUUCCAUACCACAUCUUCUACCCCAGCUUGACUGGACCCGGCUCACUACACUUACUGUGAUGCGUUGCGCAGAACAUGAGACUCUAUGGAGGGCGCUACGUCGAAAGUAUGCGCCCCCUCAGCCACCCCAGAAACGGUCUCAGAAAGGCGAGAGGCGUCGAUCCAGCCUCGGCAAAGAUGAUUACUCACUCAAUAUCAAAUAUCUGAGAACGGAUACCGUUACUCCAUACCUGAUGCUUUUCAUCAAAGAUGCAAUCGCCCCGAAUACCUUGGAAAGUGUCUACCUGCAUGAGGCCCCAGCCUUUGACUCAAACGUCAACAUUGAAGCGAUUUAUCGGCAUAUUGUUCGGAAGCAUCGAUUGAGCCUCCGACAGAUUCUCAUUGAUGCCUCUGAGCGCAAUGGAAAUGUGGACAGCAUGGGUCAACGUUGGCAUAAAUGGAUGUUUAACCAGGAAAUGGUGUCCUUUGUCACUAGCGGACGAAUGCCUCAACUGAGAGAGUUGGGGAUGGCCAUGCACUAUCGUGACUGGCACUAUUUCCUACAAAGGCUACCCAAGAUGCCCCAACUACGCGCAUUAUACUUGCCGCGCAUUAGCCAUUCUGUUCAUCGCGGUGAAUUGAAAGAGCUCGCCUUACAAGUCCUUGAUAUUGUUAGCAUCCGCCCGGAUCUCAAGAUCACUUACAUCGGGUUGCAAUCCAAAUGCUACCAGAUCAUCGAAAAGAAUGGCCCGAGCAAUCAGUCAGAUUCCGAUGAACCUCCAUCUUCCAACUUCGGCUCUGGUAAUGAUGGCCUAGGUCCUUUUGAGGACGACACCCAGGAUACUAGUGAUGAUGAUCGUGACCCACCUGCGAACAAUAACGAGCUCCUUUCGAACGAUUUUACUGAAUCUGAUAGCGAGAUGGAGGAGAGCGACACUUCUCGAGUCCAUUUUAAGCUCCAGGAAAUUCUCUUUUACGACGACAAGAUAUCCAUUUUCAAGGCCCGCCACGGUGUGAUUUGA